UUUUAUGACUAAAAUGUUAUUUCAAUUUUCAGACGAAACUACAUCAACAUAAAAUGUCUAUAAGCUAAUGGGAUGUGACCCGCAUUCGAUGGUAAAAUACCACGAUCGUGGUGAUGUAACAACCCAAGGUCAGACAAAUUAAAACACAGUGAAAGUAUAUAUAAAUAAGUAGACGCUCGACAUGGACCGUCCCAAAGAUGACCGAGCAAACUACACCGCCUUGGCCGGCGGAUUAACGGGAUGCAUUACGCGCUUCAUUUGUCAGCCGCUCGAUGUGCUGAAAAUACGUCUUCAGCUGCAAGUAGAACCAAUCAAUGGCCGCUCGGAGAUAUCCAAGUAUCGUUCGAUUGCCCAAUCAGUUAGCUGCAUUUACCGCGAAGAAGGGUUAUUUGCUUUCUGGAAAGGCCACAACCCAGCGCAGGUCCUCUCACUGGUGUACGGAAUAGCACAAUUUUCAUUCUACGAAAGAUUCAACGUUGUCUUGCGUGAGCUCGAAUCAUUUGAGGGUCACGACCGGGCGAGAAAUUUCGUUUGUGGUGCCUGUAGUGGAUCCUUUGCGGCACUCACUAUUAUGCCAUUGGAUGUAAUACGAACACGGGUGAUAUCACAGGACCCCGGCAAAGGAUACAGCAAUGUAUUUCAAGCAUUCGGAACCAUCUAUCGGGUAGAAGGUAUCAGGGGAUUGUAUAGAGGAGUGGGUCCGGCACUGUUACAGAUCGCCCCGCUAACCGGUGGGCAGUUUAUGUUCUAUAAUAUGUUUGGCAAUGUGAUCAAACAAUUCGAACGACUUCCCGAGAAUGCAACGCUACCACCUACGGAGCUUUUUUUCUGCGGAGGACUGGCCGGUCUGUGCACGAAACUGUUGGUGUAUCCGUUGGACCUGGCAAAGAAACGACUGCAGAUACAGGGAUUCUCGCAAAACCGACAGACGUUCGGCAAGCACUUUGUGGCCAACCAUAUGCUCCAGUGCCUUUACCAGGUGUGUCGACACGAAGGUGUGCGCGGCCUGUACAAGGGACUGAACCCAUCGCUUCUGAAAGCUGCCUUCACGUCGGCAUUUUACUUUGCAAUUUACGAUCAAUUGCUAAUACUGUUCAACAAAGACAUUCGAAAGUCCAACUAGCUACCACUGUUACAUUCACUAAAUGUUGUGAAUGCUUGAUAAAUAUGCCACAGAUUUAUUUUAUGUUUGAAUUGUGUGUCUAGUUAGGAAUACCACUCAGGAUAUUUAAAUAAAUACGCGCAACUAU